UUUUGUACAAAAUUUAGAAAAAAAAAUGAAAUGUGUCUGACACUAUUUAAAAAUUAUGGUAAAAUAAAAUUAUUCACGCUUGCUCAGUCUCAGUUACAACAUGGGGAAUUUUGAUUUUGGUUGUUACCUCAUUGGUUUUCACUAAAAGCAGCUGUUGGUGCGACAUAACCUAUACGCUUUGUUAUUAUAUGUACUUAUUUAGUCGAAUCGAUUACAUUUCAUAUCACUGACUUUAGCUAUGCCUAAUACAAACAUAUCAUUAAUGCACGCGGCGCUUGCCGCCACGGCAAUUAUUCUUUUGCGAAAAAUGCUGUUACGCUUAAAACAAAAACGCAAUCGACGAAGAUUGUGGUCGAGAACGUGGUUACAACGGCGAAAUGAAGGUAGAGGCGUUUUAAAUAUGUUAAACCAAGAGCUUCUGCAGGAGGACCCCGUAUCUUACCAAAAUUACCUUCGCUUAAACAAUAAACAGCUGGGAUAUUUGCUAGCAUUAGUGAAAGAUGACAUAACCAAACAAGAUACCCACUUACGAGAGUGUAUCCCCGCUAGAAGCAAAUUACAAGUUACUCUAAGAUUUUUGGCAACCGGAGAGACGUUUCGAUCCCUUAUGUACGCAACAAGGAUUCACGAAACUACAAUUAGUCGUUUCAUACCCGAGGUGUGCAACGCAAUCGUGUUAAAAUUGAAACCAAAUUAUUUGAAGACACCAAACACGCCAGAAGAGUGGAAUAAAAUUGCGGAUGAUUUUAAUAAUUUAUGGCAGUUUCCACACUGCAUUGGAGCACUCGAUGGACGCCAUAUAACAUUCAGAGCCCCAAUCUCGGCAGGAUCGUACUAUUACAACUAUAAAGGUUCUAAUAGUAUUGUGCUGCUGGGUUUGGCAGAUGCAAAUUAUAAAUUUAUUUACAUAAAUAUUGGUGUUAACGGACGCAUUAGCGAUGGCGGGGUGUUUAACAACACCCAAACUGCUGCCAGGAAUGGAACAUCCAAUGCCCUAUGUCAUUGUCGCCGAUGAUGCAUUUCCAUUAGCAACAAACCUAAUGAAGCCCUAUCCUGAACGAGGACUUACC